AUGGUGUCUUUCUAUCGACAGCUCAAAUUCCUUCUUUGGAAGUGUUUUCUCGUCAAAAAGCGGCAAAAGGUCCUUGAAAACCUUUUUUUUUGUAAAAAGAUGAAUUUUCAGUUUUGGUUAGUUACGGAACUUUUCGUUCCAUGCAUCCUGUUUAUUAUUAUCGCACUUAUUAGAACCAAAGAUUUCAACGUCACGAACACCCAAUGUGAGUCUUGUUUUUUCGUUGCGAGAAAUGUGUUUCAAUCAUAAAAGUAUGCACAAAUCGUCAGAAUUAAAGUUUAGUAUGUCUAACAGUAGACAGCAGUACGAUCGUGGCUUUCCAAAGGUACAAGACCGAAUUUAUUACUUUUUUCUGAAAAUAGAUGUAUUUUUGGAGUGAAGCUUGGAAAUUUCUGCAAAUUUCCUAAAUCACUUUUUGACCUGCUGAGUCAAGGAUCCUCAUAGAAUUCUUAAUUUUAAAAAAAUCAAUAUUUGAAAAUUUUUUUAAGUUUUAUUUUAACCCUAUUUUUUUGUGCUGAUCGCGAACAUUUAAACUUCAAAAAAAUUUUUGCGGAAUGAGCGACAAACAAAUAAUUUUUUUGGCAAUUUUUAGAAAAUUUCAAACUUCACUUGAGAGAAAAUUCCCUUGUAAGUUUGACAUCAGAUUUUGACUCUGUUAGAGGUUGAUCAAUUUGAUAUAAUUUGAAGCUUUGCGGAGGCUAUUUAAAUAAAUUUUAACCUACGUUUCCUCUGUACCAAAGUAACCUAUAAACUUGAAAAUAAAAUGAAUUGGAUGAAGAGAGUGUUGACCAGGCCACUACGACUCGAAAGGGAUGCCGUCGGCAGGUCUCCUUCCUUUCAUACACUCGUUCUUCUGCUCGCUCUCCAACCAGUGCAACAUUGUGCCGACGAACGACGACGAGCUGGAAUUCCUCUUCAAUCCCGCUUUCAACGGCACCGCUUUCAACGGCACCGCUUCUCACAACAACGAAUCUUUGUCCGUUUUCCGUCAUCAGUCCUGGUCAAUUUCGGGACUUUCAGGGCAGUCGACUUCUUGUACUACUCCUCCUUGCAACUCCAAUACAUUGGCGAACAUCCGCAGAACUUCCAGCAGACGGUCGAAGCCGUCGCCGACCUCAUUCACUUGGUUGCCAACAUGAAAAUGUCCAAGAAUGGCCUUUUCCAAAUCAAAGAUGUACUGUUUGGGUUUAGUUUCUGGGCAUGAUUCAAUUUAGAUGUUCGACUCGACAACUUUGAAGCAACUCCGUCAAAGUAUUGUGGAGAACGGAGUUUCCGAUGAAACUGUGGGGAUGUUUCUUGAGGCCUGGAUCCGACUUGGCUCCAUCGCAGCCGUCUUGCAAACGGUCUGGCGUUUUCCAAAUCAUGAAAUCCUUUAUUUUAGAAAGAGUCGCUUGAAGACAGGAGGCUUCUUUCGCCCUUCUCGACAGCAGACUUCCAAUUUUCUGCAACCAGACUCUUUUCAAGGACAGCUUUCUACUUUCCGCCAGAGUAUGCUAUGGAGCUGAUAACAAGAGAGUAGUAUUUCUUUUCAGCUAUGAUUUUGGGCCUGAGAAGAUUGGUGAGCUUUGCAAGAACCUUGACGCUUUCUCCAUGGACAAUAUAUCGUCCAUACUGGUCAAAUCAUCGUUUGAGAACGGAAAAGUGAGUCCGACUGCUGGUCGCAGUGGGAAUGGCUCAAUGUGUGACGAGUGACUAAUUUUUUGGAGCUGAACCCGGCUGCAAAGCGACUUUUGCAUGGGAAAUAAAGUUGGCGAGUUGUCAAGUAAUUUCUUUGAAGUUCUAACGAGGGAACUUUUGAUGAAACUUUGCUGAGGUGUACUUUAGGACUUCUUGGUUUCAAGACAAGGAAUAAAUUAAGUAAGUUGAACCGCGACUGAGCCAUUCCACAUGCGAUCUGAGCGUCUGAAGCUUUCUCUAAUAGAUUUUAUGAAUAACUGAAAAUUUGAAGCCGUUCACAUUUGGAUCAGACCGAGGGAGAAUGAAAACGCUGGACAUAUUGAAUAAAUUGGAAUCUUUGCGAAUCUUCUCAAUGGAUCAACCUAUCUUCCGGUUUUACGAAAAGUACGGCAACACCGCUUGGCAAGACUUGAAACUGGCGCUUUUCUGCGGAAAAGAUCCCUUUGGUUGACGAUUUUUUCAGUUUUGAUUUAGAUAGUUCUCUUUUAGAUCUUCUAACAAAGUCCGCCGGGUCCAGUCAAAACGACAACGACUACGAAACGCCAUUUAUCAAGUGGGCAAAAGCCAUUACACGGUAAUUCUCCCUUUUUUUUCUUGUUUUUUUUAAUCCUAUUUUCGUCUUUAUCACAGCUUAAAACGCCGAAGUGGAGAAUAUUUCUCCAGUCUGAACAGUUCCUGUCAUUUUAGCCUUGGAAAACACAGUAUUAUAAAAAAAUAUUAAUAUUUUGUUUUAAGAUUUAUUGCUCAUGUUACGCCUGGCAGCAGUGGAUCGACCAACGGCACAUGUUUCGAAGUCCCCAUGCAUCAAGGUACAUAUGGAAAAAAAAAAUAGAAACUGUCGAAUUACUCAUUGUUGCUAAUUUUAAUGAAAUAAUCAUAAUUGUCCGAAAAAGAAAUAAGUUUGCAGAGCUGAACUGUUCGCAGCUGGAAGGAAGUCUUUUACUGAAGUUCCAGCCCAUCUUUUCUGGAUACAUUUUGGUGACUCCUCGAAAUCCGGCCACAGAAAGACUUGUUGAAAGGGUUUUGACUUUUCGUGUAAUGUCUUCCAAUGUUUAAUUCACAGCUGAACCGACCCCUGAAGCUAGUUGAAUACAUCCGAAAUUUGCUCUACUACUUUCCCGAACAGGCCGUAAAUCUGCAAUGGGCCAUGCACAAUAGCGAUCUCUGGCCCGCCAGUCAGGUUAUUUUAAGUUUGAUCUACGGAAAAAUGUUCCUGGAAAAUGGUAUUUUUUCGAUUAUUACUAGUCUAGUCUGUUCAGAUUUUAAAUUUCAAUUCAUUUAUCGAUCUCCGCCCCUAAUGCCGCGAUAAGCAAAUCAGAGAGGUAGCACUCCAGAUAGGAACUUUGAAUGACGUCAUGGAGCUUACUAGUCGUGCUAACUUUGAAAGUUGAAAUUCCUCAUAGGAAUCCGCUUACUUUAAAUUUGAAGUAACUAAAAAUUCAAAAUCUGUUGUCUUUUAAUUUUUUAUGAAAGAAAGGCCUAUUCAAAGUUGCCUUUUCAACUCAAAUUGAAUAUCAAAAUUUAACGUGUUGCUCUGAAAGUUAAAAACAUUUUCUUUGAUCUUGUUCUCCAUAAGCUAACAAAAUUAAACUUUCAAAUAUAUCAAGAUCCUAUUUUUCAACAGAAUGUGCUCGCCUGGUUGGAAGAGACUAAGCCGCCUUUCGGAUCAAUUGAAAUGAUCAAGCUUUUCUUGCAACACGCCUUCGGCCCUCCGACUGAUCCACAAUCUCUCGCCAUCCUUUUUGCCGACGUCAUCAGCAUUGUGAACCGCUUCACUUCGGCAAGAGCUCUCAAACGCUGAAAAAUGAGGCUGAAUCACAUUUUCAGUGCUUUUUGGUGGACCGUUUCCGAUUUGUUCCCAACGAGUCCGAGAUGGAAUCGACGGCCGUCUGUCUGCAGAACCAGAAUCAGUACUUCAGUGGCAUCGUCUUCGACAUGAAGCCAAAUGCGACGAAAUUCAAUGCCUUUGUCUCCUAUCAGAUCAGACAUUACGCUGACUACGUAGACGGUUUGGAUUUGAAGCCCUACUUCCAGUAAAAUAGGAUGUUUGAAAGGAAGGAGCAUUUUGUAUAGGUUUCUGUUGCGGGUCUACUAAAAUUUGGAUUCUUUUGAAAAGUUUUCGGUGUUUGAUCAUUUCUAGUGACCUCUCUAGUAUUGUCAUUGCUCUCAAAAGAUCCCUAGAAUUGAUCAGAAACGUACGAUUUUCGUUACCGAGGUCCGAGAAGAAAAUAUCCGAGUCCUUUCCGUAAAGCAAUUUUUCUGCGAAACUUAUUUUUUUCUCAUUUAUUUCUUCCCAAAAGGUAGUAGUUUUUCGCAAAUUUCCCAGCAUACCUUUUGGCAGGCAAUGAAAAAUUCUAAAAAUCCGAAAAAAAAAACAUUUUUUUAAAAUCAUCUUGAAGAAGUCGGCUUGGCUCAAAAAGCAAUUACAGGAACGAGUUAUGUUACUGACAGCCUAGGAAAUCCGUUUACUCGUGCAAGACCAAUGGAAGACUUGAAAUACCUCUUUUUCGGGUUUUCUUUCCUCCAAGGUUGGAUUUCUUCACGAAAUUGAAUUACAUCGGUUCAUAUUCUAGAAGCUAUCGACCGAGCCUUGAUCGAAGAAAAUUCGAAAACGGCGGUUGAGGUCGGCGCCUACGCACAGCAAGAACCGUAUCCAUGCGCCUUUAAAGACACGUGAGAUUCGUUUUUUCAUAGUAUGAUAAUCUGGUGGUUAGGUUCAACGUGACGCUGUUCAUGCCACUUUUCAUGCUCCUCUCGUUUCUGAUCCCGUCGUCUUUGCUCGUCAAGAAUAUUGUCUACGAAAAGGAGCUCCGUAUCAAGGUUUGCAGUAGGGAUUUUUGAUGAUUUACGAGAAAAUUGUUGUUUUUUUUUGGCCUUGUAAGAAAAUGAGCGAGAAUUUCAGAGUUACAGAGUAAUUUUUUAUCCAUAGUUCCUACUCUGAAAAUAGCCGAGUUGAAGUUAUUACCAAUGGAGCGUGCGCAAGUCGUUUUUGGUCGGACGCGUCUUUGGUUAGCCGCUUUGCAGCUGUUGCACGUUGAGUAUUUCAAAAGCAACCAACUCGCUCAAAGAAAUUGAGAAUAGCCAUAAAUUUUAAAAUUACCCUUAAUUCGCUACAAAAAUCUUGAAAAAAGCACCGAAGUUUUCGUACAAAAGCUCCCAAUUUACAUCCAGAAUUCUCUAAUCAGUACUUUACUUUUAGGAACAAAUGCGUAUUAUGGGCUUGGGAGAGUCUUUGCACUUGGUGAGUUGGGCGAUCGUCGCCUUGGUCCUCAACUUCAUCUCCAUUCUCAUUAUCGCUUUCAUUCUCAAGGUUUUUAACUAAAUAUUCGCUUCAAUGAGUUAUUUUUGUGUUUCAGUACGCGCGGAUUUUCAAUCAUACAGAUUUUUCGCUUCUGUUGGCCGUCUUGUUCUUGUUUAUGUGCUCUGGAAUAGGUGAGUAGUCUCAAAGAAAUUUUUUCGUUAAAAAUUGAAGAAAUAUAAAUUUGGAGGAGGCUUUUUUUUGAUUUAUUACAAUAAAAAAAGUGUAGCCCUUGAUUGUCAUUUUUAGUCUUUCUUUUUUAGAAAUUUUUUUAUUUUUUUUUAACUCGGUUCGAAAAGUAAGUUUGACAUUUUUAAAGGCACAAUUUUGAUUUCAUAGUCUGUACAUUUUUUUUUAUCAUUUUUCCAGCCAUGUCGCUGUUCUUUUCGACUUUAUUCACCAACGCAAACAUUUCGACGGCGGCCACUUGUAUUUUGUGGUUCAUUUUCUAUUUCCCGUUUCAACUCAAAAGGGAUGGAAACAUGUCGUUCUGGAUGUCAUCCACGGUUCUUUGAAGGAGAAACAACAUGAAAAAUGGUUGUUUCAGUUGUUGUUACCGCCAACGAGCAUGGGCUAUGCGUUCAGCAUUUUGGCGUCGUACAACGCCGUGGAAAAGGCCACUUGGGCCGCUGUCCCCGAAAUGGUUGUCAAAGGUUUGAGGCUCUUCUUGCCAGAUACGAUCUUGUUUUCAGGAACGGAUCUUGGAAUGCCGAAAUGCAUGAUUUUCCUAGGCGUCGAUACUAUCAUGUUUUUGAUCUUGGCUUGGUAUAUCAGUAACGUCGCACCAGGUUUCUUUUUUCUCACCUUGUUACACCUUGAAACAGUCUGGCCUGUCUGUUCCCUCCUCUCCCUCGAGAGGUCAUAGAAACAUACAAAAAAAUAACAAGAGGGCGCCGAGAAAUUAUAUAUUCUCUUCGAUUUAGAACAAAGGAUCUCAUUUUUAAAUUGAUGUCAAAAUCUCAUCAUUCGUAAAUAAAUUCUCAAUCGAAAAUAGGGAGUCCCAGUCGAUAGCUUAAUUUUAAUGAUUAUUUGAUAUGCUACCCCGAAAAGCUCUAUUUUCGAAAUUGAGGUGAAUUAUGAGUCCAGGUUUCACACAAAAAUUCAAAAAUAUUGGACGAAAAUUGAUUUUUUUUUUCAAGUCGAAAAAUUCGAAACAGUUUUUUUCAAUUUCAAGGAAAAUACGGUGUUCGAUUGCCACUUUAUUUCCCGUUCACGCUUCAUUAUUGGUACCCGAAAUAUCUACGCAAUAGAGUGGAAAUCGACGACGAUUAUAACUUCGACACCAUUCCAGGUGGUUUUCUUAGCCGCUUUUAGUUUUCAUUUUCUAAAUUUGGGAAAAAUUUCAGCUUCAAAUUUGUUUUCAGUUUCAAAAUUUUUCUGUUUCAUGCAAAAAAAAAAAGUCUGAAAACAAAAGGAUUUUUUUACGCGAAGCGCUAACUGUCUCACUUACAGCCCUGGACAGAUUCGAAACCGAGCCUCAAGGCCUCAAAGUCACAGUAAACAUUAAUUCCAUGGCCAAGGUCUACAGUAACGGAACAAAAGCUGUGAGUACACAGAGAAAUUUCUAAUGAAAGCUUUUUUUCCAUCGAUUCAGCUCGACAGUUUGAAUCUACGUCUCUAUGAGAACCACAUUACGGCUUUGUUGGGACACAACGGCGCCGGCAAAACGACAACGAUGUCCUUCAUUUUUGUCGUGUCCUAUCAAAUUUAGAACAUUUUCUCAGGUCCCUCUUGUGUGGUCUGUACUCCCCCUCCCACGGAACCGCCAAAGUUUACGGCCACGACAUUCGGAAAGACCUGACAGGAGUGAGAUCGGUCCUUGGAGUGUGUCCUCAACACAACGUCCUCUUCACUCAGUUGGCCUGAGAAUGCAGUUUUUCCCUAAUUUUGACCUUCAGCUUAACCGUUUCUGAACAGCUCGAGCUUUUCGCAGCUCUCAAAGGUGUUGCUGAUAAAGAUCUGAAAAAGGUAUGGGCUAUAUUUAUUUUUCGAGGCGUCUUUGUCAACUUAUAUGUGAGAGUUUCUUCUUUCGGUGUCCUGACCAAAACAUAACUUUGAUACUUUUAUAUACGUUUAGAACAGAUAACUAGGGAACUUUGUACGUUGUAACGUCGCAGAUAUUUUUCCUAAAUCACCAUUGAGUCUUCCAGGAAGUCUCCGAAGUGCUGGAAAGUGUCUCAUUGUUGGCAAAGGCCAAUAAGCUGGCUGGUACUCUUUCUGGUAAGUCGAAGUCGGAAAAAAAGGGAAAAAUUGUGAAUAUGGAGGCGGAAUGAAGCGGCGUCUUUGUAUCGGUAUCGCGUUGAUCGGCGGCUCAAAGUUCGUGAUUCUGGACGAGCCGACGGCCGGCGUCGACGUCACCGCUCGGAAAGACAUUUGGCGACUUCUUCAAAGGAACAAAACUGGCAGGACCAUCCUUCUCUCCACUCAUCAUAUGGACGAGGCCGAUGUUCUUUCCGAUCGAAUCGCUAUUUUGUCUGAAGGUGAACCAAUUGUUAUUUACCUUAGUUUCUACUUUUUUGUCUUUUUCGAGCUUUGAGAGCAACAAAGCGUAAAAAAACUUUUCAGGAGAGCUGAUUACUCUGGGAUCUUCAGUGUAUUUGAAACGUCGCUUCGGGGAAUACAUGACAUUGACUAUCAUCAAAAAUGUUGCUCUUUUUACUUUUUCCGAUUAAAAAAAAAUAAUUACAGUCUUCUAAAAAUUACGAAGAGGCGGUUGCACAGAUUAUUUCGGAAGCUCCUUUUGAAAUCGCAUUCAGCACGGAAAACGACGAUGAAAUCGUCUUCAAGUUUGUUCGUUUUUUCUUCAAAUAAAACUUCCGAACUCAAGAAUCCCUAUCACAACCGAUUCGAAAGAAUUGGAAGCGUUUUUCGCGGACUUGGACACGAAAUUGUUACUUCUCGACUUUGGCCGGUAUGGAAUCUCAGCGCCGAGUCUCCAACAGGUGGAAAUCAUUUUCUAAGGUGCGAAUAUAUAUAUGGAAGAUUUCAGAUUCUUCGUUGCGCUGGCCUCCACAAAGAGAGUACAUAAUCCCCAAAAAGACAUCCUGGGAGGCCUUCAAGAAAUGGAAAAACAAUUUGUGCAGGAAGUUUGUUGAGGAGAUGAACAGAGUGGUAUGAUUGGGUUUGAGGCGAACUCCGGACGUCGAAAAUCGAGAUUUGAUUCCCUCUGCGAGCAAUUUGGAAACGAUCGCCGGGAACAACGAUGUCGGCAGUUCGAGUCGUACUUUGGCCGUCAAAACUAGCGAUUCCGAAGAUGUGAACUCUAUAGAAGGUUGUCCGAGGAGAUGACACAAAUAAUCAAAAAUUGAAUAGAAAUGGAAAAACCGUCGAUGAUCACUGGAUGGCGUCUUUGGUUCCAACACGUCAGGGCCUUGCUUUCCUGCCGAUUGCACUAUUCUCUUCGCAGCAAGAGGCUCAUUCUUUUUGAGGUUUGUGGAGUCCUUGCGACACAUGUGUAUAUUGAAGUUUGUAGCCUUUGUAUAAUUUUGAUCAGGUUUUCGUCGUAAAACCCAAAUAAAAAUUACUCACAGAGACUAUUUCUAGUUUUGAAGAUUGGGUCCAGAUAAUUUCUAAGCGAAUUUCAAAGUUUACAUCUGAAAAAUUAAACUUUUUUUCAGGUACCAACCAUGACUUCAUAUUAACCUUCAGAGAGAUAGUUCAUAAAAAAUUCCAAACCUCACAUUGACCCCCCUUGUAAAAAUCUUUUUGCGAUUUCAGACUUGUCCAUGUAUAUUUUUCAGUUAUAAUUACAGGUCGUAAUCCCGAUACUGCUUCUCUUUGCAUGUGAACUGUUUGUGAACAUGAUGCGGACCAAAGCCGGAAACGGGACCAUCAUCAUCGUCCAAGGCGCGAUGCCACUCGAAACCUCGUUAUACGGCGAUUUUGUCGACGCUUAUGUCAGGUUUAAAAAAAAGUCGCGCUUGAUUUGGAGAACUCUUUAUUUUGUCAGUUCUCAUGACCGAAGUCUCAAUUCGACGGCGACAGAGCUGCUGCACAGUAUGCUCGACUCUCCGGGUUUCGGAACUCGAUGCGCCUACGAUGAACCGGCCUACGUGUGAGUUCGGGGGUGGCUCGCCAAAGAAAAAAAAACUAUUUGAAAACUGUUGUGGACCAUCGAAACGAGUUUCCCGCUCAGUUUUUGUCUCGUACUGGCCUGCUAGAAUGCUAGAAGUGUUACAGACAGAAAUGGCUCACCGAUUUUUAUUACCGAACCGACCAGAUUAGCCGUACUUUUAGGCCGCACGGCGAUAUGUGAGUCGGCAUGCCGUAGUUGAUCAUUCCCUUGCAUGUCCGAUCCUUUGUCUUUUUCUGCAUGACUUUCAAAGUUUUCCUCGGGGAAACUUUUCUUCAUGGCUCCGCUCCUACCUCUCAGUCGAUCAUUUUUUGGUUUCUUGGCUUCAGCAACUUUUUCCCUUUGUCGUUUUUCCUGCUUCAUCCGUUUUUAAGUUCAGUUAUUUCAUUGAGAAUGGCUCAACGCGUGCAGCUUAAGCUAAGAUUUUUUGAAUCUAUCACAAAAUUCAUUUGUGAUAACUUUUACGCAAAUUUCUGUGUGGUUCGGGAGUUUUUAAACGACCAGCUUAUUGAGAAAAACCUUGGUUGUUAAUUUUUUUUUAAAGUCAUACUCAAUUCAUUUCAAUUUUUUUGACAAGGCUUUGGAACUGAUCCAAUUCAUUUUUCAGUUUCAAAAGCUUUAAAUUUAUGUUCAUGAAAAGUAAAUCUGUUGUGCAGUUUCAUGCCGUGUUCAAUUUGAUUCCGCGAAAUGCAAAAUGAUCUCUGACUCUCCAAAAUUUAGUGAUCUUUUCCUUCCUCUAACGGGUAUUUUGCAUUUCGCGGAAUCAAAUUGUUGUUCCCUUUUUCUCGAUUUUUUAAAAGACUGUCCCGUGACAAGACUAUAUUAACUUUUUACCUCUACUAACUAUGCUCAAAUCUGAAACUUCUCAUGAGAUUGUAGGCGCUACGCUCGGAGUUGCUAUGAAAAGAUGGGCGAGUUCAACUACACGAGGUCUCUGGACAAAGUUCCAUUCAACGAGGAUAUCCUGUGCAAUUGCACUAACUAUGGCUGGGACUGCGCUUUGGUAGCGAUUUUCUCCCUUCGAUCAUCUCCGACGGCGUUUGCAGGAAGACUGGCCGUGGGGCGAAACUCCUUGGCUCAUGCUCAACACGACGGACAGAGUUUUCGACCUGAGCGGUCGGAAUAUCUCUCAAUUCCGGAUGGUCACUCACCUACAGACCGUCGCCAAUGCUACCGCUCCCUACUUGUUUGCAUUUCAAGACUUUUUAGUUGAUUCCAAACGUCUUGUAGUGUUGGUGGAUUCUCUCUGGGACACAAAAACCUGCGGGCUGCCACGAAAGAACAAAUCAACGAUCAGAAGGAGGGAUGGCAGCAGUUUAAGCAAGGUAACUAGGUGUGAAAAAAAGAAAUAGAACAAGAAAUAGAAAAAACCAGUUGAACUGUUUGCAGUGGCCAGGAAUGGAGAAUAUUUAGAAAUAGAUUUUCUUUAAAACAAGUACUUUUAAAAGAGGUAAAAAAACCUUUACGAUAAAAAAAUUUACAAGAGAGAAUCAGUUAUGAAUGUGAAAACGUUCUCUAAAUUUUUUUAUGCUUUGAAGCUAGUUUUCUGUUCAAGGUUGGAACACGACCAAGUCGACCCUGGGUAUCAACACGACGCAUCAAGAAGAACCCCGAAUCGUGGAUCCUUUCGUUGUCAACGUGACUGGCGACGACGUUGUCAAUGCCAUCCUCGGUCAUCUCGACACCAGGGAAAACGUCAAGGUUUCGAGAUGUUUUUCGGAUAAUUAUAGCUCAAUUUCUCUCUCAAGGUUUGGUUCAACAACAAAGUUUGGCCGUCUCUUCCAAUAUAUUCCAACACUCUCAGCAAUGCGAUUCUUCGGCUCGGGACUAAUGAUACGGGUUCGUUUUUGAAGGAACUUUGGGGCUACAUUGUGAAAAAAGGCUGGGAAUUGAAAAAAAAAAAAAGUGGAACGCAAUUUUUUUCGUAUGAUGAUAUCAGGAGACCGAUCGUCUUAUUGUUGGAAGAAUAUACAGCUAAUUUUCAAGAAACCCAAAAACUUUUUUUUAACUAAAAAAACUUGUUCCCGUUGGUAUUACAGAAAACUGCUCGUUAAAUUAACAGCCUAAUAGCCGUUUCACGUGCUUCCAAAUGUACCAUUUUCAAUUUUUUUUUUUUUAAUUUUUCUCCUUUUCACAGAAGCCCGACAACUGGGUAUUCUGGCGGCGACUCAUCCGAUGAACCAGACGGCAAAGGAAGCAGUCGAAGAGAACACAAAGUGGAACCUUAUUUAGAGAAUUUUUCCGAAUUGGCAUUUCUAGGUACAACAUGAAGUUGUUGGUCUUCCGCGUGACGCUUCUCAUGUUAGUUUUGGGCAUCAUUCCAGCCGGCUUCACAGUAAGAUUUGGAUAUUUCUAUGACUUUUUCUUCCUCAUUGACAUUCAAAUCCCAUGCAAAGUCUAUAAAUCAAAAUAAUAUCUUCAUUUUAUUUUACGUCUCUCUCUCAGAAAUCACUACGUUCGACGGUCGCAGAUUUCGAAAACAUGGAUUAAAUUCAAAGUUCAUGAAGAUAAACUCAAUUCGAGGAAAUUUAGCAGAACUAUUAUAGUAAAAGUUCACUCAAUGAAAGUAUGGGGAAAAACUCUAUUCGUUGUCGGUUCUCAUAGUUGUUAGACUACUAAUCAUUUCAAUUCCUUUAUGAUACCAAUUCAAACAUUUUGAGGUCUACCUAGUGGAAGACCGAAUUUGCGACGCUUUCCAUCUGCAGUUGGUCGGCGGCCUCCACAGACGGACUUACUGGGUCACAAGUUUUUUCUUUGAUGCGGUUCUCUUCAACUAUUCUUCGGACCAAUGAACCUCAAUCUUCAGCUUUUCUACACUGUGGCGAUAGCUAUACUGAUGGGUGUUUAUGCCUUCAUGAAAGUGAACGAGUUCACGUACAGUCGCGGAACUUUCGUCAGCUUGGCUCUCGUUUUUUGGCUCUUUGGGUCAGUCUUCGAGACUAAUCGGAUAAAAGCCGCGUAUUCAGGCUUUCGGCGAUCCUCUACGCCUAUUGCAUGCAGCGGUUCUUCACGAUUCCCGCGCUCUCUUUUGUUUUGAUCGCCAUCGGAACUUUCUUCGUCGGCAUUGUCUGCACCCUCACUGUCAUCGUUCUUGAAGGCAUGAUUCCGUCGGUGAGUCCAAAAAAAAGUCCAGAAAGCUCAGAAAAAAUGAGGUAAAAGUAGGAAUUCUAAAAACCUCGUGUAAAAGAGUUUUCAAUUUAGUUCAUAGAAAGCAUACCUCAAAAGCUCCUUAUUUUCAUACUAAUUUUAAAAAAAAUGCUCUUCUACUGCGGGAAGAAUAUUUAAUUGGGACUAAUAUCAUUCUAGGAUGUCACACUCCUACCGACUUAUACUAUCUGUUCUUUCGUGUUUCUUCUGCUACCGCAAUACAACCUUGGCAUGGCCAUUUUCCGCAGCGCCAGCGUCUAUCAAGUCCGGGAACUCGGCGUCCACUUCCUUCGUAAUCUUUUUAUCUUCCAUCUUCUUGCAAACCUCUGCUCUUUCAGAAGUCAUCAACAGAGAAGACCUCGUAGUGGAUCUGCCUCUGCCGGCCGACAUGGCCUGGGACGUGAUGGGUCUGCACAGCGCGGUCCUUCUUCUGCACAUCUUCCUGGCCGCGGCUCUUCUCGUCUUCUGCGAGAUGGACCAAUUCCAAUUCAUGAUGUUUCCACGUCAACUCACGGUCCCGAAAAACUGAUGAUUCUUUCAGGCGGAAUGAGCGCGCCAGGACCCAAAAGCUGCUCGACAAAGACUCGAAGCUGGAAGAUGAAGACGUCCACAAUGAGCAGCUCCGAGUUGAUCAAAUUUCUGCGACUGAGGGCGGCCAAGCACUGGUCGUUCGUCGCCUUGCCAAGGUGCGUUGAUUAAUUAUCGUUUUUACUGAAACAUUCCCACCUUUUUUCAUUGGAAACGCGACUCUUUGAAGUGAAAACUUUUUUAUUGAACGAAUUCAUCGAUAAAGUUUGGCAUGUUUGAAGGCCUACGGCAAAGAAAACUUGGCUGUGCGUGGAAUUUCGUUCGCUGUCGAGCCUGGCGAGUGUUUCGGCCUUCUGGGACUUAACGGCGCCGGAAAGACGACGACUUUCGCGAUGUUAACGGCAAAGAUGUAUCCCGGCCUGGGAUCGAUCGACGUUAAUGGAUGCAGGUUGACAACUACGUUUUUUAUAUUCAAUGCUUGGAAUUUAUUUUUUCAUUUGAAAAACUUCUGAACGCUUAAUUUUUAGCGUGACGUCCGGCAACUUGGAUGGCUUCAAGCAGCUCGGCUACUGUCCGCAAUUUGACGCACUCAACUCGAAGCUGACCACCCGCCAGAACUUGACUUUCUAUGCUCGAAUCCGCGGCAUUCCAGAGAAGGAAAUUUUCCCAGUUCGUUUUACAAAUUUUUUUUGAAAAACGCUGUAAUUUCUCUAGAUUGUGGAUCGCCUCCUGAAAUCCUUACAUUUGCGACCCUACGCCAAAAUCGUGACUUCGCAGCUGAGUGGCGGCAACAGGAGAAAACUCUCAGUGGCGGUUGCACUAAUAAGCCAACCUUCUCUGAUAUUCUUGGUUCGAGAGUUCGUCCAAUGACAUCAUCUGAGGUGUCUUUAGGAUGAGCCGUCGGCCGGAAUGGAUCCUGGCUCCCAGCAGUUUCUUUGGAACGUCAUAGAACGUCUUUGCAAAGCGGGCAAAGCCGUGGUGAGUCGGUCGUUGGAAGAUUGAUUGAAUGGCUUCUUUGUCAAAGGUUCUGACGUCGCACUCGAUGGAGGAGUGCGAGGCGUUGUGCACGAGGAUCGCCAUCAUGGACAAGGGAAAGAUCCGUUGUUUGGGUGGCAAGCAACACUUGAAGAACAAGUUAUCAUAUUUUUGGUGACGUCUAGUCAUCUAUCAAUUCAGAUAUGGAAAAGGGUACUCGCUUACGCUCAAGCUAACCCACAUCUCCGAAGCAAAUAUCGCCGCCGAGUAUAUCCACGAGCGGAUCAUUGGCUCGCGAAUAGAGUCUAUCCACUGCUCUACGGUUUGUUGACCGCAAAAAAACAAAAAUUGGGAAGUCAUAAAUUUGGAGAAACGCUUACGCAAACCGCAGACUCAAAUAGUUUCCAAAGUUAUGAUUUUUCUACCAAUUGUAAGAAGCUUAUUCAAUACUGCUCUUUGAGGUGUUUAUUCACGUCGACCAGGACAAAUCGACAAUAGCCAAUAUUUUGAAGAUCGUGAAUGAGGUGAAAAAAUAACGAAGAAUCUGACCAUCUAGACCAAAACCUUGUUUCAGGCGAAAGAGAAAUUUUCGCUAGAGGACUACAAUUUGUCGCAGUCGACCCUCGACGAAGUCUUCCAGGGCCUCACCGAACACGAGUGGAAUCUCUCAGGCGUGGCAAUGCCUGUAGACACCGUCGUCAAUGCUACAGGCCCUAAUGACGUCAGCACCAAAUCAGAAUCAGCUUACGUCACCGUUUGA